GUAACAGGCAAGCUAGUUGAGGCCAUAGAAGUCAUCUUGCUUGCACAGAAUGAAUCACUCUUACCCCUAACCUCAGCCUUGGAAGGACUUGCAAAUACCUCUAAGGAUAUGCCUUAUUACACAGUGAAUCGACUAGGUACGAUGCUGCAGAAGUUACCUCCCACUUUAAAGCAAAUAUUACCACUAUCGUCGCGUGAAGAUAUGUUUCUAAUUAGUCAAAGGCUGAUGCAAUUCCAAUUACUUCUCUUGCAGGGAAUGAGUCUGCAGUAUAAAGAUCCUCUUCCAAGCCUAAUGAAACGCGAUUUGAAGACACUUGACUACGACACGGAUAUAGACAGUGAACCAAUAGCAACUGAAGGCAAUUUAGUAUUCAAGAGUAUUAAAGAUGAUCAACGAGAAUCUGCAAAGUCUAUGGUUGCAACUUUCGAAUACUUGAACGAAGCCAUGGCGACGGCACUGCAUGAAGUUCUUAUUUCAGGAGGUACCGCUCUGGAAUUUACCUCUAAUACUUCAGGAACAGUGUCUUUUUGUCGCGUAGAUAAUAGUGUUAUCGAAGAUAAACAAAAUUCCUGUGGCUUUUUGCAAUCAUUCAUCUUUAAUUUAUCCUCAAAUGGCAGUCAGUCAGACUUUAUAAUCAGAACGAGUAACACAACCAGUGACGUCUACGCUUUCUUUGGUGACUCUCGUGAAAGUCCGAAAUCAGAACUUCUUUCCCUCUCCAUAUAUUCCAUGCAUGGCCUAAAUUUUUCUGAUGAAGCAUCAAAAUUUCGAAUUAAGCUCAAGAAGAGACUUAGUGAAAGUAACAACUCCAUCAACGAUGAGGAACAGCUCUACUUGCCUGAUCCACUAGUCGCUAUCGAUGGCUCAUUGAUACAUCAAUCGUUAAUAAUGCACGCGUUUGAGGUGGAUGAUAGCGACAAUAGCGGUUUUGUGUUUCAACUUGAACCAAAUGAGAUUUCUUCAUGUCCGCAGUACUUGGUCAUAGCAAGAUUCGUUAUUCCACCUAAUCUGCGCCAGCUGGAUGACUUUGGACAAUUCUUCUGGACUAUGCUUCCUACUUCGAUCUCAAAAUGCAGUGAGUUGUGA